AUGGCUGCCGUUGCCAUAGCAACAACGACAGACGCCAUGGCCGCCGCGGGGCUGCUGCUGCCGGCCGAGGUCGAGGCGCUGGUGCAGGCCCUGAGGGGCACCGAGCUGCGGGAUGCCGGCGGGCAGGGGUGGCUUCGGCAGCACGAGAGCGUGGAGAAGCUCAACAUGCACGCCAUCCUCAGCGCCGCCGCCGGCCAGGAGCAGCUCCUCACCGAGCUGCUCGUCAGCCAUGCCAAGGAAAGCAAAUUGGUGCUGUGCUGGGUGCUCCAGGACCAAAACGGCCACGGGGUGCUGGGCACCAGCCUGGCCCCUCUGCCUCAUGCCCGUCUGAAAGGCUCCACUCCUGUCCAGAUUCCCGUUCUCAUCGGGGAGCUGAUCUCAGCAGAGGUCUGGAAGCACAAGGUCUUUCCCGUGCUGUGCCAGCUGGAGGACUUCCACCCGAGAAGCACCUUUCCCAUCUACAUGGUGCUGUAUCACGAAGCCUCCAUCAUCAACCUCUUGCAGACGGUGUUUUUCCACAAGGAGAUCUGCGAGUCGGCAGAGGACAGCGUUCUGGAUUUAAUCGAUUACUGCCACCGAAAGCUGACCCUGCUUGCAGCUCGAAGCACCAACGGACAGGCAGCGACCCAGAAAGAGCUUAAUUCCAAGGACCUGGUCAGCCUGUCGUCCAUGCAGGAGCUGCAGGAGCAGGCGGAGGCGAUGGAGUUUAAGAUUUCUCUGAAAGCCCUCUCAGUGCUGCGGUACAUCACUGACCAGGUGGACAGCUUGCCCCUGAGCGCGCUGACACGGAUGCUGAACACCCACAACCUGCCCUGCCUCCUCGUCCAGCUGGUGGAGCACUGCCCCUGGAGCUGCUACGAAGCAGGCACGCUCAAGAAGUUUGAGAACGAUGAGUGGUACGAGGUGCCCCCUGAGGAUCAGCUGAAGAUAACCAAGCUCGACGGGCAGGUGUGGCUUGCCCUCCUCAACCUUCUGCUCAGCCCCGAAUGCCAGCACAAAUACCACUUCGACAGCUUCAACAAGAGCCAGCUCCUCAAGCUCCGGGCGUUCCUGACAGACGUCCUGCUGGACCAGCUGCCCAACCUGGUGGAGAUGCAGAGGUUUCUGAGCCACCUCGCGGUGACAGAGCCGGCUCCGCCGAAAAAGGAUCUCGUGCUGGAGCAGGUGCCCGUCAUCUGGGACCACCUCCUCAGGAAAAACGCGGGCAAGUGGGAAGCCAUCGCCAAGCACCAGGUGAAGCACGUCUUCAGCCCCACCGAGGGGGAGCUGAAGGUCCAGGCACGCAGGUGGUCGCAGAUGUACAGCCUGGACCUGCUGGAGGCUCUCGCCCCCGGCAAGCCCCGAUGCCGGGUGUGUGGGGUGGAGGCGGCCAAGCGGUGCUCCCGCUGCCGCAACGAGUGGUACUGCACGCGGGUGUGCCAGGUCCAGCACUGGCAGAAGCACCGCAAGGCCUGCGACCUGCUGGCACAGGCAGGGGGGACAGCGGGUGCCCCGUGAGCAGGACCUGCAGGAGGAGAAGCCCCUUGGGACCACCGGGGUGGGCUCACAGCAAGCAUCUCCCCACCUGCUGCUCGCCGAGCCCCCUGCAGCCUCAGCCUCCCUCUCCCCACCACCCCCUCUUCUUCUGCACCCCAUUGGGGCUC